UGUGUUUCCCUCUUCCUGCCCAGAAUGCUUUUACCCAGAGAGAAAAAGGAGAUGGGGCAGUCUGAAGUUGGACCUGGGUUCUACUCUACUGUGAUGCAUCAGCUGUCAUUGCCAGAGGACCCAGAACAGUGGGAUGUGAACCCUUCGUACUCCAUGACUCACAGUGCUGAGGCCAUGGCAAAAGUCAAAGUCGCUGGACGAGGCAAAAACUACAACCUGAUGGCACAAGUGAUACCAGUAUACGGCUUUGGAGUCCUUCUUUACAUCCUCUAUAUAAUUUAUAAGCUGACAUGUAAAGGGAAGACAACUAAAUCAGGAAAGUACUCUAUAGUACCCAAGGCAAAGAUGGAGAAUAAGAUUACAGCUGAUUAUGAGCUUGCCAGACUCCAGGAGACACAACUGCAAACAGAAGGGAUGAUGGAGAGGACUGUCUCUGGAAGGAGCCAUGGCUCUGAGAGUGGCAGAAAGAGGAAAACUACAGCUUCAAAAAAGGAGGAAAAAUUACUUAGGCAGCUUCGUCAAUUCACACAGUUGAUGCAAGAGCACCACUUGGAGGAAGCUUCCCCAGAGAUGGAGGCUGAGGAGGUCCCCUACGGUGAAGACUGGGAAGGCUAUCCAGAGGAGACCUACCCAGAAUAUGAUGAUGAUUCCCAUGAAAGAUGUAAAUUCAUUAAGCUGGAAGACCCCCCUAAUCAACCCACUGCAGAGGCCCUGGCAGAGAGGCUGGAGCAAGAGGAAGAAGAUGUUGUAGCAAGGAAACUAUCCAUAUUGCAAGAUGAGGAAGUAGAGGACGACACAGAGGAUGAGGAGGAAGAGGAAGCAGAGAAAAAGCAGUUGCUCAGCCCUCUUUCACCCCUGCCUCCUGCAGAAAUAAAGCAGGAGAGAGUUGGUUUGGAGGUGAGCAAAACGCUGCAGCGUCUCAGUAGAGGGAAGAAGCAAAUAACCUUCAGUGACCAUAAAGAUGUGUUCCACUACCCUAAAGAGGCUUCUUAUGAAGAGGAGGAAGAGGACAAGGAAUAUGAGGUAGAGGAAAAAGACGAAGGGACAGAGGUGGAAGGUGAGGAGGAAGUUGAUGAAGAUGAUCCAUUGAUGGAAGCAGAGAGCCUGCAGUUCAGUUGUGAAGGUUGUUCAAACCCAGAGGAAGAAGCAGAGGAGGAUCAAGAAGAGUAUUUGUUCAUGUCAAUGGCUGAUAACAAUUAUAUGCAUGGAGAAAUGCCUAAAGUCGGGGUGAGUGGGCUGAGGAUGCGGAACAGGAGAGAGACAUAA